UUUAGACAAUAAGACUAACCAAAUGCGACACCUCGCUAUCAUUGCGGACAAUUCGAUAGUGCCCCUUUGUGCAUAUAGAAUAUUCAAAGUAGCUCUAAAUCUCGAGUCCCUCCAUCUUUGCAACAUGCUCCUUUUGUUAGUAUUUACGAACUUCUCACGACCCUACAUUGGCCUUUAAGUUCGCCUUGUAGCAUUAUAGAGAUCUCGAGGGAACAUUAUCAAGAUGGAACGGCCGCCUCCACUUAGUAAGACAACACAUGUAGUCGACUAUGGCCCGCGGCCUAGUUCACGAUUUUUGCUAGCAGACGGUUCACGCUGGAAAGCAUCUGCAGGAGCAGGGAAAAUAGGCCCACCACAACCUGCGAAUCGCUAUAACCUGCUCUUGUACCUGAAGGGUAUAAGCGAAGAUCAGGACGUUGGGCCUCUUGUUCGAAAUGCCUUCACAAGUAGGCAAAACCUUGGGAAGGACUACGUGGUAUCAAACGCUGGGAUAUCAGAAACCAGGCUACAAGGAAAUGAUAACGCGGCAGCUCUUAUAGCUGAAUGGGACGCUGUUAUUGAGCUGGCGAGGGUGGUCUGGGACAACCCAAACAAUCUUGAAGACUGGAUAACGCAUAUGUUCUACGAGCACUUUCGAGGGCGAAUUCUGAGAGACGACGAGACUAAAGCACACACGCUGGCCCGUGUCUUGGGAUGGGCUGAUAGGUGGGCUGAAGUUCGUUACCGAUACUUGAAUCAUUAUCUGCGUGACGACCCAGACCACUGGAUGAGAGCAGACCAGAGGGCUUUUAGAGAGGCCGGAGAUCACGCCAACGAGAUAGUUCACACUUCCUCGUUGCAGGACGACUGUCUACUAGCUGAGUCAAAGUGGUUUAUACCUGUUCACAGAGCAUUAUUUUUCGAUGUUUACCGGCUAGGUGUUAGGGAGGGUCGGCGAUUGGUUUAUCUUGCGAACUGGACCAAUCUCCCAGGGGCCAUUAGAGAGGUAUUCAGGUGGUCGAUAGACUUUAUUAACCGUUAUAUUCAUUGGCGGGAGGCGUUGAUGCGGGCGGGGACCAGAGAUCACUUGAACGAAAUGCGCCGCAGUACUCAGUUAUCCAUCCAAGCAAGGCAAAACCAAAGAGUUCAAUUCGCAAACUCUAUGAAAUCAAACUUAAGGGGGCCAGACGAGGCAUAUCACAGAUUUUUGGGCGUGUUACGCGUCUUGAUGAUGGAGGGAAGGGAGCAAAUGAAAUUCCAACAAAGUUCGUGGCGGGAGUUUUUGACAUUAAUCGAUAUGGUGACACAGCAACUUCGGACCUGUCGCCUGAACCGGCCAAACAAUAACAGACAUUGGGAUUUACGACAGAAUUGGCCCAAGCAUUCAAGCCAAGAUACUUUCCUGUUAAAACCCAGAGCUCCACACAACAGGUUUCUAUUCUAAUACAGACGGAGAGGUUAUGAUAUCGUUAGUUGCCAGUUUGUUAUAUUAUACGUUUAGUUGGACUUGACAAGGGAUAUUGAACUUCUUUGGAUACCUAGUUCCAAAUUUAGAAACUUGAGUAUUGCAUGUCCAUGUGUCUUGGGCAAAGCGUCACAUAAGAUAGAAUAAUAACUGGGCAGAAUUAGCGUUAUGUGUUGAAUAAUUGUGCAUGAACAUUGCCGUCGAUCAAAUUAGCCACGCUAGGCGACGAAAAUUAUGGAGGGUUUUGAGAUUUAAAGAGUUAGUUGAAAAGCACCUAUGAAGAUGUA